AUGGAAGCCGUUGAGAUGUAUCUGCAUUUUGCUCGGAGUCGUGGAAAGCCUUUGCCUACUCGUGAAACGGUGAAGAUCGAAGCUUGGAUUAUCAAGCGCUUGGUUUACAUCUUUGCGCGUUUGGCGAAGCGUGGACAUCGACCAAGACAGGAAUCCCUCAGAGAGCUCAUGGAAAUUGCAGGACUUCCUGUCCCAGAACGCAGCCCACACCGUUCCUCUGGAAGCGCAAGUGGAAGUGGAGGUGCCAGUGAUGCUCCUGAUUCCAGGGACAUGGAAACAGGCGAUGAUGAGGAGAAUGUGGGUGAAGAGGAAACGGGUGAGGGCGACGCUGAGGAGGAAGAGGAGGAGUGUGAUGAAGGUGAUGCCGAUGAGAUUUGUGAAGAUUCCCAUGGGAAUGAUGUUGGUAUGGAUGAUGGGGAAGUGGAAGAUGGGGAGGAUGAUGAAGAAGUUACCCCGACAGAGCCGGAGAUUUCUGACCCCGAAACCAAUGAGGAGCUAUGGAGGUUGUUGGACCAGUUGGUCAUGGCAGCGCCCCUAUGGAGGGAGGGCCUUCGUCCUCAACUCUUCCUGGCUCUGCAGCGCCUGAAGGUGAGAUUGAACGUGGACCUCAUCUACGCCCUGGACACCAAGGAUACCAAUGUGGAAACAACAGGUUCCUGUUCUGAUGAGACACUUUUGAAGGAUGAGCUAAUGGCCCUACAACUCUUGGAGCAAGAAUUUCAACUGUUAGAAGCCAUUGAAGCGGAAGAGGCAAUCUUAGAUGAUUUGUCUUUGCAAUGCGCAGCACUUGCCGCAGAAGAGGAGACAGACCAAAAGAAACAGGAGAUCACAAAACGGAUGGUUGAUGACCUUGUCAUCAUGGGGUUCAGCCAGGAUAUGGCCAUUUGGGCAGUGCAGGAGUCCAAGUCGGAAUGGGGUAGAGCUGUUGAAUUGGCCCAAAAAAGAAUCCAAGAGGAAGAGCAUGCAUUGUUAGAAAAACAGGGGGAGGAAGAACAUGCCAAGAAGACUGCCUUGCGCCGGCGAAAGCCAGCAACCCCUUGCAAUUCUACUAGCAUGCCACCACCUCCGGUUCCUGCCAAAAGAGUGAAGAAGAAAUCAUCAGUUACAACUGCUGAUACUCCUGUUCCGGCACCUGUGUGUACUGACCAGACCGACACUCUGCCAACCGACACCCUGGAGAUGGACAAGCUCGCCUCGUCCUUUGCUCUCGAGGACAGCCCUGGUGAGCCUGAGGGAGAGGGAGAUGAGCGCCUGGACCUCUUGCACAAAAAGACACUCCGUCUUGGUGAAACUGAUACAGAUGAUGAUGAUGAUGAUGAUGAUGAUGACCUACCGGAAACACGUGGGUCCCUUGAAACGAAGAAAACCUUGGACUACACAGAAGUGUCAAAGAAGGUGAAUGCUUCAAUGGAGGAAAACAAUCCUCGUCCAGCGGAUGUCCUUGCAUCCUGUGGCAAACCCAUGGCACCAGCCCAGCAACGAGGCAACUUCACCGUCGACCAGGUUGAUGAGGAAGAUGAAGACCUGGGUUGCCCCAAGAAGGGUCGAGGAAAGGGUCGGGGAAGGGGCCGGGGAAAGGGCCGAGGUCGUGGGCGUCCCCCCAGAAAAGAGUCCAAACGACCUUGUUCGGAUAGUGAAGAGUGUCAUGACCCUGAAGCUUCUGGAUCUAGUGCCACCCCCGCCAAGAAAAAGAAGCAGUCAGCUGCCACCACUAGCACUGACAGUGAGUCAAAGCUUGCCAAGGGUGAGACAGGCAAACGUUCGAAAUCACGUGCUAGCUCCAAGACAAAGACAAAGGGAAAGGAUGUUGACAAAACAGCCGGAUCAAGUGACAAGCCGCCCAAGUCCAAGUCUGUUCCACCUGAGACAAAGCCUGAGAAGAAAGCACCGAAGCGCAAGUCCAAGUCCCUUGGUGAGGGGGGUGACACAAGUGAGGCAGAACCAGGACCAGACACAGAUGCCAAGCCUUCGACCCGCCGCACUGGGAAACCUGCUGCCAAGAGUGCUGGGAAGCCUAAGGCAAAGGCAAAGAGUUCCAAGCCUCGCAAGUCUCCCAAGAAAGGUCGUUCCACAGAGCCAGACCCAAAGGCCCAGAAGAGAUCCCGCAAAAGCAGUGCCUACCAUGUUGCCCGCAAAAAGGCACUCAAAGAAGGCAAAACUGAAGAGGAAGCCACUGAAAUUGGCAAGAAGGCUGGGCUGAUUCCCUUCUUGAUAUCAUGA